CGGCGCCCCCGCCCCGUCCCCGGUGCCCGUCGUCGGCGCGGUGCGGCGCGGGGCGGGCUGCGCUGCCCCGGCACAGCGCCUCGGCAUGAAGGAGCCGUCGCUGCCCGGCACCUCGCUGCAGCGGGCCUGCCGCCUCCUCGUCGCCUUCUGCGCCCUGCACCUCUCGGCCACGCUGCUCUACUACCUGGCGGGCAGCGCCCUGGGGCCGCCGCGCAGCCCCGAGCCGCCGCUGCGCCGCCCGCCGCCCGCGAACGCCUCGCAGCUGCUGUCGCGACAGACGCCGCCGACAGACGCCCGGACGCGGCCGCGACCCCGACCCCAACCCGUGUCGCCGUCGCCGCCGCUUCCUCUGCCGCCGGGGCCGUGCCCCGAGCCCUCCCCGCUGCUCGUCGGGGCACUACAUGUGGAGUUCUCCCAGCCUGUGAACCUGGAAGAGGUGGCGAGAAUAAACUCGGAGGUUAAAGAUGGAGGUCGUUUCGCUCCAAAGGACUGUAAAGCACUUCAGAAAGUAGCAAUAAUCAUCCCAUUCAGAAACCGAGAGGAGCACCUGAAGUACUGGCUCUAUUACCUGCACCCAAUUCUUCAAAGGCAGCAGCUAGAUUAUGGAGUAUAUGUUAUCAACCAGGACGGAGAAGAAGAAUUUAACCGUGCUAAACUGCUGAAUAUAGGAUUCACGGAGGCUUUGAAAGAGUAUGACUAUGAUUGCUUUGUGUUUAGUGAUGUCGACCUAAUCCCAAUGGACGACAGGAACACCUACAAAUGUUACAGCCAGCCAAGGCACCUCUCUGUCUCCAUGGAUAAAUUCGGAUUUCGGUUACCCUACAAUCAGUAUUUUGGAGGCGUGUCUGCCCUGAGCAAGGAGCAGUUCACAAAGAUCAAUGGGUUCCCAAACAAUUACUGGGGCUGGGGUGGCGAAGAUGACGACAUCUACAACAGGCUGGUGUUCAAAGGCAUGGGGAUAUCACGGCCAGAUGCUGUCAUUGGGAAGUGCAGAAUGAUUCGCCACUCGCGUGAUCGGAAGAAUGAACCCAACCCUGAGAGAUUUGACCGAAUUGCUCACACAAGGGAGACAAUGGGCUCUGAUGGCUUGAAUUCACUCUCCUACAAGGUGUUAAGGACUGACAAGUACCCUCUGUACACAAAGAUCACAGUGGAUAUUGGCUCGCCGAAAAGCUAACACCGCAGGCACAAGAGAGACCUUGUGUAUGUUGCCUGGGACAUCUGGCCUCGCUGAUGCUUUAUAUCUUCUGGUUUUAUAACAGUUGCAAUGAACAACGACAAAAAAGGCCUCAUUUGGUGUGCCAAAGCCUCUCCAAACUGGGUGGAAAAGUGCUUUUAUUCUCUCUUUUUCUUUUUUUUUGGCUUUUUUUUUUUUUUUUGACUUUACACAACCUUCCAGCUCUCCAUUGUUUUUUAAGUCCAGAAGUUGUACGUAAGAGCUGUAAAUAUUUACUUUGGUGGAAAACAUUGAAUGUCAUUUAUCUGUGACAGUGCUCUAUGUUAAGUUGAUUGCUGGACCCAAGUUUUACUGAUUACAACUGUGGUGCAUCAGCAAUUACUGCCCAUGACAUUUUGGUAUUUUAAAUUGGGUGGAUGAAACCAUUCCUUUCAAUUCAUUCCUGGUUUUACUUUAUGAAGGACUGUAAAAUGCUGCUAAAAUUGUACAAGUUUACGCAUUUCAUUAGAUUUUUUUAAUGGAGACAAUAUCAUUUUUUUUCCUAAUGGUGACCAAAACAUUCUUCUCUGUGUGCAGACCAAGUUUUGAAUAACCAAGUCUGGAUUCAGUGACUGUCACUAUUUCUUUCUGUCUCAAAGGAGACUUUGAGUGAGUUGAGCCAGAAUCUGCCACUGAGCUAGCUCUCUGCAUAGGGUGGGAGCUACACAGGUGGCACCUGCUUUGUAAUCUGCCAGUACUGCUGGCUUCAGAUAAUCACACUUCUGGAUGUGAUGGUGAUAUUUUGCCUAAGCAGAACAUGACACUUGGGGAAUAUUUUGUUUGGUUGUUUUUUUUGGUGGAUUUUUUUUUUUAUGGUGGUUGGGGGUGUGCUUUUUUAUUCCCCUAAAACAAAGAUUGAGUGGGUUAAAUUGCAUGUUGAAAUGAUGGCCUUAAAAUUUGCUGACACUUCAUAACAGUGGUAGAAAACUACCAUGCUGUUCAAACAUUGUCUGAAGACAAAGAAUGAAGCUUUGCUUGCAAGGUCAUGCGUAAAACUUGAAUUCACUUAUUACGUUUGUUGUUGUAACAUUUUAAUAUCUUUUAAAGUAAUUUGUAUAUCAUAAGCAGAAUAUUUAAUACCAGAUUAAACUAGGGUGCAGCAUAAUAGGAUAUGCUUCAAGGACUCCUUUCUCUCCAGGCUAUUAGGCUUUUUAUGGAUCAUAAUGUAUAAGCCAUGUAUUGUAUUUGCUCUGUGUACUUGUCCACGGAACCUCCCGCAGUGCUGAGAUACUUGCAGGACAGCAGGUAUCCCAUUUUGUUUUUAUUUUGUUUUUAUUUUUUCCUUAAAGCCUGUCAAGACACAUGUCCUGUGUCGGGUAGCUCCCCCGUGGCUUUUGAGGCGGCGAGGAGAAUGCAGGCUGCAGAGCACUACCUUCUGCUUGUGCGCCAGGGCACCAGCAGCACCCUGCUUGUCCUUCCCGCAGCCCUGUGGAAACCCUCAAGCGCUGACACCCUCGGAGCUGGGUUAAGUGAUUUUUAAAACUCUCAGCCAAAAUGGAGAGCUUAAUUCCUUCUGGUGAGUAGUUACUUACCAGCUGUGACCACAGAAAUUUGCACUUCCUUGGCCUGUGCUGAAGGCUGUUGAAAUCAGGGACACUUGUUGUAUUGGGGAUCAUCUUCAGCACUGCCUCUUUUUUUUUUUCACGUUUAUUUUUUUAAAAACUUUUUUUUUUCUUUAUUUUCUUCUUUUUGGGGUGUUUUGGACCUGAAGAUUUUGCUGAACGGUUGCACUGCAGGGGUGAGAUCCUGCGGGGUUUGGGGGCUUGCUCUCUAAGCUGCCAGGCUAUGGCCUUGACAUUUCUUCCUAGGCCAGCAGCAGUUCAAAGUAAGAGCAGAGACUUUACUCACUAGGGAGACACCGAGCUGCCUUUCCAGCUUCAUUUUGGAAACGUGCUCAUCCCCUUGAACACCGUUGCAGCCAGACGUGCUGCUCCAGUUGCGCUGGGUGUGGAGCGAAGGCAGGCUUGCAGGAAGCUGGAGUGGGGCAUUCACUGCUGCAUUAAAAACGUUGACUCCUUUUUGGCAAGUCAGGCUCCAGUGCUUGCAGACACAAUGGAGUGCAAGAGGAGGUUGUGUUACAGGUCAGACACCUACCUGCAAAAUCUUGGCGCAGCUGCAGUCUGCACCAGUAGCUGAGGCAUAGGCAAGGGCUUCUUUUUUAUUUUAUUUAAUUUUUCCAAAGGUGCCUUACAAGCAGGGCCCCAUUCCCACAGAUGGCAGGCAGGUCAGCACCAAGCCUCACCGAAGUUCCACUGAAGAUCCUGGGUCUCUGCAGAGAGCACCUGGGUUUGGUCCUUAGCCUUUCGUGUGCUGGAGAGCUGGGACUUGCGGCUAUGGCUGUGUCUGUCUGAUAACUGGCUAUGCAAAGGGGCUACCUGCUGUAUUUUAGUGAUUCAUUGUCUGGCUUUUUUUUUUUUUUUUAGUUUCUUUAUUUGUUUCUCCUUGACUGAUGAUUCUCUGGGGAUUAGAAAAAGUCAGUGUAAGAACUUGUUCUCCUGUCUGCUGGAAUCAUGGAGUAUCAUGCAGGUGGUCUGAGCACUUGGUUCUGGCUGUUGCAAUCAAAGCUCUCUACAACUGUGCCUUGAAAGAAGGGAGAGUGGAAACUGGAAAACCAGGAAACCUGAAAAACAUUUUCAGCACAGAGACAUACGCCGGUGGUGCCAGAAGCUGCCUCUUAGUUUCUCUCCCAGUGCUAAAGCCUCAAGCCAUGUCAGAGCUGAGGAUGCUGCUUACCCUUCGGUGCUGAACCUUCAUGUCCAGAUCUCACUGCCCCUGCGUUAAGCUGUGCUGGUCAAACUGGUGAAACACUCUUGGUUCAGCCUGGCCGUAAGAUCUCUCCCCUUGGGAUAUCCAGGGGCCUUUUCUACACAUGCUCAUGUUACACAGAAGUGAGUUUUGACCUGUACUGGGUGGUGCUCUUUCCACUCCCGUAGCGACACUCAAAGUGAUACCGUGCGUAACGGUUGAAACCUGCAACAAAUAGCUGCAAAGGAAACGCUAAUGCUCGGUUUCUUUGGGACUGCUGUUUGCCCGCUGGGAUGAGAGGGGGUGCUGGCAUGCAGCUUUCCCCCCGGAUCUUGCUUAUGUACUGGACUGCUGCUCAUGGGUCUCCUGCAGGUGGUUUUGCUUUCGCAUUUUUAUCAUUUAUAUACCAAUGGGUGUAUAGUCCGAUGUUCCUACUUGACUGUUGGUGUCAAAUAAAGUAUUUUCAGUUACGGC